UGUGUUGCAAAACACGUACCAAAUAUUCUCGAGGAUGGCUUGUCACCCAAAAUGCAGCAUUUACGACAGCAUAUGCCGUUAAUCAAGAUUUUUAACAGAUUCUCAAGUUCUCAACAACAGUCAAAAAUGAGGCAUAGCCAAAGCUCUAAGCCUGAAUGGAAGAGCCAUUCAAAGAAUAAGAAAGUAAUCAUACGAAGCCCAGGGGCACUAUGGGAGCCUUUCCGGGAAGUAUUAUCUGACCAAGAAGCUGACAAGACAUCAGUGGUUGAUGGUUCUAUGGCACUUGAGGGCAUCGGUGCGGCGGCGCGCUUCUGGGGCGUGGCGCCGCACGAGGCGCACGAGCGCGCUGCCGAUACGGUGACGCCGCUCUGGCGGCUCGAUUACGGCCGCCAGCUGACGAUGAAGCAGGCGCGCGUGCGGGCGCUGCUACGGCAGCUGGCUGGCCGGCUGGUCGGCAGCGCCCCGCCAGCCAACGGGUGCGGGUCGAACGCGCUGCCCUUCCCGCUGGAUAGGAUUGUGCCGUCGCAGCCGCAAGUAGACGGGUACAGAAACAAGGAAGAGUACAAAAUUGGCGAGGGCGUGGACGGCGACCCGAAGACGGUGGGAUUCAUAUUCUCCAGCCCGGCGCACGGGCCGGCCCUCUGCCUCCCCGGGGACCGGCUCAAGAACUGCAAACCGCAGCACGCCCGGCUCGCGCUGGCGUUCCAGGACUUCGUACGAACGUCACCGCUGGCGGCCUGCAGCCGGCUGGACGACGGCGGCCACUGGCGGCUGCUGAUGGUGCGCAGCAACCGCGCCGACCAGCUGCUGGCCGCCGUCACCUUUCACCCGCAGCAGCUGCCGGUGGCAGCCGUCGAGGCAGAGCGCCAGAGGCUGCGCGAGUAUUUCUCCAGCGGGCUGGGCGCCGCCUGCGGUCUCCAUUCGCUGCUUUUCCAGGAGUGCCCUCACGCACGGUGUUCGGCGGAGCAGGCUCCGUACCAGUCGCUGUUCGGACCGGGCGUGCUCGAGGACCGGCUCGGCCCCGUACGCUUCCUUGUGUCGCCCGAUUCGUUCUUCCAAGUGAACUGCGCGGCGGCCGAGGUGCUGUACGGCGUGGUGCGGCGGCAGGCGCGCCUCACCCCCGCCUCCGUGCUGCUUGACCUCUGCUCCGGCACAGGUCCGGUCAGUCUGCUGAUGGCGCGCCACUGUCGCACCUGCGUCGGAAUCGAGGCCUCGCGCAGUGCCGUGCGCGACGCCAAUGAGAAUGCCGCGAUGAACAACAUACAGAACGUCGAGUUCAUCGCGGGGCGGAUAGAGAAGGAGUUGUCACCGGUCGUAGCGGAUCUCGAUCUCUGCUCCGACAUGGUGGCUGUCGUCAACCCGGGCCGAGACGGAGUAG